AGAGCAUGUAUUUAUAAGUUCCUUCACAAGUGACUUCCUCAUUUUCACCAUACUGUUGUCUGAUGACUGUCAACUCACUAACUCUCUGGAAGUUUCAAACAACAUACUUGGAACAUAUUUAUAUUUCCUUUCUGUAAGGUCGUGAAGCAGCGGUGUACUGUCUAAACAGUCUCUGUGUGAAAGGUGUAGCCUGUGCUCUGCAUCUCUCAGCAUGGGCCCCAAGAAGAAAAGUGUCUGGGAGAACCUGCGUGAGAAGACCAAGACCCAGUUUAACAACAUAAAGAAGAAGACAACCCCGGGGAAGCUGGAUGAGAAAAAGCCCAAGCCCCUGCGUUAUAGACGCAGUAUGUCAGUGCCGGACUUGAGAAUGAGUGCACCUGUGGAGACACAAACUCUCUAUGAUGAAUCAGAAGAGGAGGACAUGGCAACCUUUAUGGGCAGAAUCCACAUGCCAUCAGACAAAUGGAACACACCUGCAGAGAGAUCAACUUCUUCUGCUUCUUCUACUUCAGCAGAAAGAGAAAAAAUACCAGCAGACAGAGGGAACCCACCCGUACCUACCCCGAAAUCAAAUGCUCCAAAUAUAUAUGUGUGCACAACAAGAUUGACUUCAUCAGUGGAGGGAAUUAAUGUUUCUACAGAAAGAUUGCUCUUCUCUGAAGACAGAGUGGCCGCUAGAGACCGAGACAGAUUGAACAUCCCUCCAGAUAGAUGGUCUCUGCCAGUGAACAGGGCGGACAGGAUGGGCACCCCUGCUGACAGUAUGGACGGUUCUGCGCGUGGAACCCCAUUAGAGAAAGAACCCUACAUGUUCUGCCCCACUGACUCUGAGGACUUGGAUAUGCCAGAGCCCCCCGUAUCCACAUACAUCAGAGACAUCUUCUGCAGGGAGCUUCAGGAAGACAUUGAGUUACCCAACGAGCACAAUGACUUCUAUGCCCAGCCCUUGCAGGAUCAAGCAGGCAACAAUGCUAUGGCAGCAGGGAGCCAACCUGGUCCCAUUCAGAAGUACCUCCUCACUGUCAACCUGAAGGAGGGCAGGAACCUGGUCAUCAGAGACCGUCACGGCACAAGUGAUCCUUAUGUCAAGUUCAAACUGGAAGGAAAGACGUUUUACAAAAGCAAAGUUGUGCAUAAGAACCUGAAUCCAAAAUGGAGUGAGUCCUUCUCUUUCCCCCUGCAGGAUUGGGAGCAGGUUGUCGACGUGAGGGUCUAUGAUAAGGACCGUACCACUGAUGAAUUCAUGGGUUCCAGCACAAUUGUGAUCAAAAACCUUGAAUUAGACAAGACCAGUGAGAUGGUGCUAAGUCUGGAGGACCCCAGCAGUCUGGAGGAUGACAUGGGCGUCAUCGUCAUUGACACAUGCCUAACUUUCAGAGAUGCUACGAUCAAAAGACCAAAACGGCACCUGAAAAAUAGAAGAAGAUUUAGGGGAGGCCAGAACCAGAAGGGGGACCAGCCCCAGGAUAAGGACCAGACCCAGGGUUCAGCUGAGGCCACCAAUAUGAGCCAGCUGUGGAGUGGCGUGUUUGGUAUUACCCUGUUAGAGGGACAGGACAUGCCUGAAUACGGCCAGGGGGACGUCUAUGUGCGUUACAGACUGGGAGAGCAGAAGUACAAGAGCAAGAACCUGCGCAUUCAGGCCAACCCUCGGUGGAGGGAGAAGUUUGACUUCAACAAGUAUGAGAACUGGCUGGAGCCACUGAAUGUGGAGGUGUUUGUUAAGAGAGGCAGGAAGAGUGAGGAAUCCUGGGGAAUGUUUGAGGUGGACCUGUCCAAGCUGCCAGUAAACACACAGCAGCUCUACACACAAACCUUGGACCCAGGCAAAGGCAGGCUGAUAUUACUGGUCACCUUCAACCCCUGCAGUGAGGCCUCCAUAUCAGACAUUAACAAACCUCCCCUGGAACAGCCAGACGAGAGGGACCAAAUACUGGAGAAAUAUAGUUUGAAGAACUCUCACAAAGGUGUGAAGGAGGUUGGCUUCCUUCAAGUCAAGGUUUUCAAUGCAACAGAUCUCACAUCAACUGAUCUCAAUGGGAAAAGUGAUCCAUUCUGUGUACUGGAGCUGGGGAACAGCAGGCUACAGACUCACACCAUCUACAAAACACUCAGCCCUGAGUGGAACAAAGUCUUUACAUUCCCAGUAAAGGACAUCCAUGAUGUGUUGGAGCUGAAGGUCUUUGAUGAAGACGGAGACAAAGCCCCAGACUUUUUGGGCAGAGUGGCCAUUCCACUACUCUCUGUUCAGAAUGGACAGCAGGUCACCCGAGGGUUGAAGAAUGAGAACUUGAGGGGUCCAGCCAAAGGGACCAUCUCACUGGUGAUGGAGGUCCACUAUAACCCAGUUAGAGCCGGCAUCAAAACCUUCAGACCAAAAGAGGAGAAAUUCAUGGAGGACAACAGAAAAUUCUCCAAAAAGGUCCUUGCCCAGAAUAUCUACCGAGUUCGGAAAAUCACCCUGGCAGUGCUGCAUACGUUACAGUACAUUAAAAGCUGUUUUCAGUGGGAGAGCACACAGCGGAGUGUAAUAGCCUUCCUGACCUUCAUGGUGAUGGUGUGGACCUGGGAACUCUUCAUGAUGCCCAUCUUCCUGCUGCUGCUUAUCGGCUGGAACUACUUCCAGGUCACCCCGGGGAGGGUCAGCAGCAAUCAGGACUUGACGAACAUGAACAUGACCGAUGAUGAGGAGGAAGAUGAGAAGGAAUCUGGGAAAAAGGGACUGAUGGAGAAAAUCCAUAUGGUUCAAGAGAUCAUCAUCACUGUCCAAAACAUUUUGGAUGAAAUCGCAUGCAUAGGGGAAAGAGUCAAGAACACAUUCAACUGGUCUGUGCCCUUCCUGUCCUGCCUGGCCUGCUUGGUUCUCUUUGUGGCAACAGCAGCAUUAUACUACAUCCCACUGCGCUACAUUAUCUUCAUAUGGGGCAUUAACAAAUUUACCAAGAAGCUGCGCAACCCGUAUGCCAUUGACAAUAAUGAAAUACUGGAUUUCAUCAAGAGGGUGCCCUCUGAUGUUCAAAAGGUGCAGUACAGCGAGCUGAGAGCGCCCAGCGUCCAGAGCCCACCACGAAGGAGAAGGUAAGCCCCUUGGACGUGCUGGAUGAAAGGACCAGGCUCUUUCUGAAAACGGCGCAGCCCAGUCUGCUACGAUGACAACGCUCCAGUGCCAGCAGAACCUGCGACCCCUUAUCCCCCUACUCCCCCCUCUCCCCUGCCCCGUGCUGCAGGGGUGCAGUCAGCCGCUCUCCCGCUUGUGUGUCUGCCACCCCCCUGACAGGGGCUGUGCACUGCACCGGGCUAGGAGGGCAGCACAUGGAGCUGUCAAUCAUAGAGCCAGAGAGACCGUCAAACCACUGCUGUUUUGCUUUUAUAGAUUUGAAUAGUAACACCUUGAUCAGACUUGACAGCCUCAUUGCAUCAAGGCUGCCUAAAAUAUUCUGCAGUCAAACUUUUUUCAUUAUGUAAUCCAACAUUUGUGCUGGAUGUGUAUGCAACAAAAGUUAAACAUUCCCCUUUUGCUACUAUUUCUGUCAAGUCUAUGCAUACAAUUUGAUGUUUACAUUGGAUUUAUCCAACAUCUGCACCACACGAAACACACUGCAACUGCCUCUGCAACGCAAUGCUGCAAGUCAAACACAGCGUUACAUUUGAAAUGAAUGUACUUCUGAUGUACAAAAUGCGCCUUCGGUCAGAUCAAGGCGUUCAACUGAACUGCUGCAAUGCUUUGACUCAUUUACAUUUUCAUUUCAUAUAUGGGCAAAUACAAUACUGUAACUGUGCUAAAUCCAGUUAUUACUUUGUGGUCACAUUUAUUUAUUUUUAUUAUAUAUUUUUUUUAUUAACCUCCCUCUUCGGAGGACACAUCUUGUUUAUUUAUUUACAGCUUUUCUGCUACAAUUAACAAAUCAAAUCAAAUUGUAUUUGUCACAUGCGCCGAAAACAACAAGUGUAGACCUUACCAUGAAAUGCUUACUUACAAGCCCUUAACCAACAGUGCAGUUCAAGAAGAGUAAAGAAAAUAUUUACCAAAUAACCUAAAGUAAAAAAUAAUGAAAAGUAACACAAUAAAUAACAAUAACGAGGCUAUAUACAGAGGGUACCGGUACCAAGUCAAUGUGCGGGGGUACAGGUUAGUCAAGGUAAUUUGUACAUGUAGGUAGGGGUGAAGUGACUAUGCAUAGAUAAUAGCAGCUGUGUACAAAACAAAUUAUUAUUAUUUUUUUACUAUUUUCUACAUUGUAGAAUAGUAGUGAAGACAUCAACAUUAUAAAAUCACACAUAUGGAAUCAUGUAGUAACCAAAACAGUGUUAAAUAAAUCCAAAUAGAUUUUACAUUCUUCAAAGUAGGCAUUCUUUGCCUUGAUGACAGUUUUGCACACUCUUGGCAUUCUCUCAACCAGCUUUACCUGGAAUGCUUUUCCAACAGUCUUGAAGGAGUUCCCACAUAUGCUGAGCACUUGUUGGCUGCUUUUCCUUCACUCUGCGGUCCAACUCAUCCCAAACCAUCUCAAUUUGGUUGAGGUCGGGUGAUUGUGGAGGCAGGGUAUCUGAUGCAGCACUCUAUCACUCUCAUUCCUGGAAAAAUAGCCCCUACACAGCCUGGUGGUGUGUAGGGCCCAAACCAGAUGGGAUGUGCCUUGAAUUAUAAAUAAAUCAGUGUCACCAGCAAAGCACCCCCACCACAUAACACCUCCUCCUCCAUGCUUUACAGUGGGAAAUAUACAUGCGGAGAUCAUCCGUUCACUCACACUGCGUCUCACAAUGACACAGCGGUUGGAACCAAAAAUCUCACAUUUUGACUCCAGACCAAAGCACAAAUUUCCACUGGUCUAAUGUCCAUUGCUCGUGUUUCUUGGCCCAAGCAAGUCUCUUCUUAUGAUUGUUGUCCUUUAGUAGUGGUUUCUUUGCAGCAAUUUGACCAUGAAGGCCUGAUUCACACAGUCGCCUCUGAACAUUUGAUGUUGAGAUGUGUCUGUUACUUGACCUCUGUGAAGCAUUUAUUUGGGCUGCAAUUUCUGAGGCUGGUAACUCUAAUGAACUUAUCCUCUGCAGCAGAGUUAAUUCUGGGUCUUCCAUUCUUGUGGCGGUCCUCGUGAGAGUCAGUUUCAUCAUAGUGCUUGAUGGUUUUUGCAACUGCACUUGAAGAAACUUUCAAAGUUCUUAAAAUGUUCUGUAUUGACUGACCUUCAUGUCUUAAAAUAAUGAUGGACUGUCAUUUCUCUUUACUUAUUUGAGGUGUUCUUACCAUAAUAUGGACUUGGUAUUUUGCCAAAUAUGGCUAUCCUCUGUAUAUCCCCUACCUUGUCACAACACAACUGAUUGGCUCAAAUGCAUUAAGAAGGAAAGAAAUUCCACAAAUUAACUUUAAAGAAGGCACACCUGUUAAUUGAAUUGCAUUCCAGGUGACUAUCUCAUGAAGCUGGUUGAGAGAAUGCCAAGAGUGUGCAAAGCUGUCAAUCAAGGCAAAGGGUGGCUAUUUGAAGAUUCUCAAAUAUAAAAUAUUUUGGGAUUUGUGUAACACUUUUUAACAUGUUUCCAUAUGUGUUAUUUCAUUGUCUUCACUUUUCAUCUACAUUUUAGAAAAUAGUUAAAAAAAUAAAGAAAAACUAAAACCUUUGUAUAUCAUUAUUUUAAUUCAAAUGUCAAUUCACUGUACAAUAAUUUGUAUAAAUUACCAGAAUAUUAUUUAUAAUGAAGAAUACAUUUUCGGAAUCGAGCCAAAGGAAAGUUUGAUACAUGUAACUUUGAGUUUCCAGUCUACUGUGCACCUUCUCAGGUUUCCUGUUUUGGUAUGUUCUUCUUUGUAUAUCCUCAAAUCUAUUUUUGAUGAAUUGUAAAAUAUAGAAACAAUCCUAUCUCCGA